CCGGUGGCUGCAGCCGGGCUGACAUCUUGUUGUACGGUGUGCGGAGGGGCUUGGUCAUGGUUAUCUGCUGCGCGGCGCCGAAUUGCACCAAUCGGCAAGGAAAGGGCAGCAGGGGCCGCGUAUCUUUCCACAGAUUUCCUCUAAAAGACCCGGCUCGUCUUGCUACCUGGACAGUUGCCCUGCAACGCAGAGAUUGGACCCCCGGCCCUUACUCUUUCCUUUGCAGCGAUCACUUCAGCUCCGACAGCUUUGCAUCACGUAUGCCUGAUCAGAUCCCGCUUCUCAAACCCAAUGCCGUGCCAUCUGUCUUCCUUAACAGAAAGGCAAGCAAAAAGAAAUUGGUUACAAGAUCACACGGCAAAGGCAUACCAGUUGUAAAAAAGAAAUCUGUGCAAAAAAAUCCUUUACCCAUAAUACAGGAUCAGGCGGCUCUUAUGCUCCCUGGUGAGGACAUUGUGACUGAAGGUAUAUACCAAACUGACAUCUUUGAUAGCAGUGAUCUGAAAGAUCAAAGUAGCCUUCUUAUGUCUGGUGUGUCGUCAAAUAGACCCUCGGCUGGUAAAUUUAUCUCUUCUUUGCACUCCUAUAGCAGGACAACUGUAUCCUCUGCCACACAAAAAUCAGGAUCUAAUGCCAAACCUAAAGGCUAUAAAAUAGAUAUAGGAAGGAUAGAACAUGCAUGCAAUGAACAUUCUUCAUCAGAAAACCGCAAAGAUUAUGUUGAGGUCAGUGGUGUCUUCUCAUCUGAUGUGCCCGAGUCUGUGGACCAUAUAAAGGUGGAACAUGACCAUUCCUUGAGGUUGAAGUCCAUGGUUCCACUUUCCCUUCAUCAAAAUGAAUCUCAUUGUGAAACGUCAGACAUGUUACCACUGGAAGAUGCAGAUCAACCCUGUUACUUUAAAGGUUUAAAAGACUGUUUCAUUACACAAGAACAGGAUCUAUUAACACCACAUGCAAUUAAUUCCCUUCAUUCAUACUGCUCCCCAUCCAAAUCUUUAUCUGGCAAACAACAGGAGCUUAAGGAGAAGACCUGGGCAGAUGGCGGGAAGUACUGUGACAUGUCUGCCCUACUCAUUAAAGACGCGCCUCCUUUAAAUCCAGCUAUUUCCCCUCUGGCCUGGAUGCUGGGAACCUGGGUGUCUGAACCAGCUGGGAAAGGCGAGUUUCCAACCAUUACCCCAUUCAACUACAAGGAGGAAGCGGUCAUCUCUCAUGCAGGACAACCAAUGCUGAAUUUCACGUUUUGUUCGUCUAACCCUGAUACCGGGAAAGCAUUACAUAGAGAAUGUGGGUUCAUCCGAAUCAACCCUGGCACCAAUCAAGUGGCAUUUAUUUGUGCUCAGAAUAUAGGUGUUGUGGAGAUUGAGGAAGGGCAAGUGGAGGGAGAGCAGCUAACUCUGACGUCACACUCGCUCAGCAGGAUGAGUUUUGCCAAGGAACCUCAUGUCCAGCAGAUUUGCCGCAAGUUCUGUCUGACUGCUGAAGGGAAGCUGGAGCAGACUGUUUCCAUGACAACAAGUACACAAACUUUAGCUCCUCACCUACACGUUACAUACAGAAAGCUUGUCUCAUGAAUGGUCUGGUCCAAGAUUCUAAAACCAUUCCUGUACUAGUCACAUAGCCUUAAAUUCACUGGAGGCUGAGCUCUUGUGUGUCUGUGUGUAAUAAUAAAAUUACUUAUUUUUCCAGGAA